AUGGGGUUUAGACCCAAAGAAAAUAUGUUUGAGGUUGAGGUUUACAGCCUUAGACUGAAUGCUUGGAGAAAAAUUAGCGCAGUUCCUCCUGAUGUAGUGUUUCCAAAUGAGGAGUUUAAAAGGAUCAUGUUACCUCGUGCAGUACCCGCAGUUUUAGAACAAACUCCGAUUCGAGUGUCUGAGAACUCACUUUCAUUCUUCCACCGAAGACAUGAUGAACAACUGGGCUGGUUUUAUGAGUUAUGGAUUCUUGAAAUGUAUACUUGGAAAAAGACCCACACGAUUCUUCUCCCCACAAGGGUAUAUGUAUCAUGUUCACUGGGGUUCACAGAAAAUGGCAGAUUUCUUACGGUUGUGCCAAGUACUUUUCCGGAAGAAUCAAAUUUGGUUUUAUAUGAUCCCCAGUCACAGCAACCCAGCAAUACCGAAAUCAAAAUGAUGAAGCCUUGUGGGUAUGUCGAUGCUUAUUGA